AACUAUGAUGGAGAGAUGAAGGAGGAUAUAGUUAACGUUUUAAUAGAGGUUGAAAAUACAGGACCAAUUAACCAAAAGAUUUCAAAUGAAAGACUGAGUAGUGAAAAGGGAAUAAAUCCUGACAUAAUAAACGAGCACGGAUUGUCCACUACCACUGAACAUUCUUCUAAAAGAAAAGAUUGCCAGAAUAUCCUACAGCAGGCCAAAUUCCUUAGAAUAGAAAGAACAAUGGAUGAAAAUCAUGACGAGGCUGCUCAGAUAAAUUACAAAGAUGACUUAUUGAAGGUAGGAAAUAUUGUCGCUGUGAGGCCAUAUACCAAGAGAGAUUAUAAACCUGGUCGACCAUGGAUCGCUUCACUCAAGGAGAUCGGUACGAGAAAUGUCAAGGUUGUAUGGUUGUGUGGAACAUAUGACACAAAGUGGAUUGAGGAUCCCAUAUAUUUCCCACAUUCGAUUCCACGGAAACAAGUAGAAUGCAGCUUUGUUUACGACUACCAGGAACCGUUACCGGAAGUUAUAGUUUCCCGGUUGAAGAAAAUAUACAAAGACUGAAAACAAUAUGGGAACGU